GCUUGACUGGUGACGUGUCUCUCCUGCUCUCUCUUUUCAGACGGAGCGGCUGGAUGGAGGCACACUGACUCCACUCAGCACUCAAACUGGUACCAGUAACACGGCAGGAGUCGGCCUAGGGACACCAUGGGGAUUAAAUUUUUGGAGGUCAUCAAACCGUUCUGUGCGGUUUUGCCAGAAAUUCAGAAACCAGAAAGAAAGAUUCAAUUUAGAGAAAAAGUACUAUGGACCGCCAUCACGCUUUUCAUCUUCUUGGUGUGCUGCCAGAUUCCUCUUUUUGGCAUCAUGUCUUCAGAUUCAGCAGAUCCCUUCUACUGGAUGAGAGUCAUCCUGGCUUCCAACAGAGGUACUCUGAUGGAGUUGGGCAUCUCACCCAUUGUCACCUCAGGCCUCAUCAUGCAGCUGCUGGCUGGUGCCAAGAUCAUUGAGGUGGGAGACACUCCCAAAGACAGAGCCCUCUUCAAUGGAGCUCAGAAAUUGUUUGGAAUGAUCAUCACCAUAGGACAGGCCAUUGUAUAUGUAAUGACUGGCAUGUACGGAGACCCCUCGGAGAUGGGCGCUGGCAUUUGCUUGCUAAUCAUCAUCCAGCUAUUUGUAGCAGGUCUGAUUGUCCUGCUGCUGGAUGAGCUGCUUCAAAAGGGCUAUGGUCUUGGCUCGGGUAUCUCUCUCUUCAUUGCAACCAACAUCUGCGAGACGAUCGUGUGGAAGGCCUUCAGCCCCACCACUGUCAAUACAGGCAGAGGUACUGAGUUUGAGGGUGCCAUCAUUGCCCUUUUCCAUCUUCUGGCCACCCGCACAGACAAGGUGCGCGCCCUGAGAGAGGCCUUCUAUAGACAGAACCUGCCUAAUCUCAUGAACCUGAUUGCAACUGUCUUCGUGUUUGCUGUGGUCAUAUACUUCCAGGGCUUUAGAGUAGACCUGCCCAUCAAGUCUGCACGCUAUCGUGGUCAGUACAACACCUACCCCAUCAAACUUUUCUACACCUCCAACAUCCCCAUCAUCCUGCAGUCCGCCUUGGUCUCCAAUCUCUACGUGAUUUCUCAGAUGCUCUCAACACGAUUCAGUGGCAACUUCCUAGUCAACCUCCUGGGAACGUGGUCUGACGCUACCAGUGGUGGACCAGCUCGGGCGUACCCAGUGGGUGGUCUCUGCUACUACCUUUCUCCUCCAGAGUCAUUUGGUUCUGUCCUAGAUGACCCGGUUCAUGCUGUUAUCUACAUUGUCUUCAUGCUCGGCUCCUGUGCCUUCUUCUCCAAGACCUGGAUUGAGGUCUCAGGAUCCUCUGCCAAAGAUGUGGCAAAGCAGCUGAAGGAGCAGCAGAUGGUAAUGAGGGGACACAGAGAGACAUCUAUGGUGCAUGAGCUUAACAGGUACAUCCCCACAGCUGCUGCCUUUGGUGGCCUCUGCAUAGGAGGCCUCUCAGUUAUGGCUGAUUUUCUGGGUGCCAUUGGUUCGGGUACAGGAAUCCUCUUGGCUGUGACCAUCAUCUACCAGUACUUUGAAAUCUUUGUAAAGGAGCAGAGCGAAGUGGGCAGCAUGGGAGCAUUGCUCUUCUAAAGAAUACCAACCUUCUGACACAUCAGACACAAGUCAUCCACCCCACAACAUUUUUUAUUUUGGAUUUUUUGCAGUGUGCACAAUCAGUACAUUUCGCAGCUGGGAUAACUCCUCUCCACCACCUUUGUUUUCCACCUUAUGCCUCCAGCCUGUGAAUGCUAAGGAAACUAUUUAGGUUGCUCCCAGGGUUGAUCAUAGUAUUGUGUCUCUACUGUCUCUUUACUCCAGUACGUACAACCUAUCUAUCUGCAGGCUGCCUAUGUCCCAAAUGACUGUCUUAUCAGCUGAGGAAUGCAUAAAAGCACACAAGUGUGAGUUGCUGUCUUGGACUUACCUCAGGCAUUGUUCUUGCAGCAUGUUCAAGGAACACUAAGACAGCAUCACCAUGUGCUUAUUUCUAAGCGCUGUGCCUGGACAUUUGGAGGGAGUUGAAAGAAAGCCAUGUCAUGUCACAGAUAGCAAUCAUGCUUUCUAGGGGCCUAUGGUAGGGUGCAAAUGUAUUACUGAAAUAUGCUUGUAUUCUGUAAAGGUUUCUGGUAUUCGCAGAUGCUGUAGGUGUUUUUUAUUUUCCUUUUUUUUUAAUAUUUUAACUCAUGGACUAUGUUUAUAUCCACUCUGGUCUUAUAUAUGGCUCAGUGUUUGGCCACUGUCUCUAGGUCCUCAAAGGAAUUGUCUGUCUGUCGUCAUGCUCUUUUUUUUCCCAGACUGAAUCGCUGCUCAAUACUGCCGAGAUGGUCGGGAUGAGGGUGGGUUUGAUAGGGAUGAAAAUGGGUUUCUUUUUGGUUUUUACUUUAUGUAACAGACAUAAUUGUGUUAUUAAAAAAACAGAAUUUGUUUUUCCAACACA